CGUCUAGUACAUUUUAUAAAUGAUUGUGAAGAAGAAUGUCAUUUAAAUAUACAAACACAAAAUUCAAUUGAAUAUCGAUUAAAUAAUCUUGAAGUAUUUUAUUCUAUUGCUUUUCAACUUGAUACAGAAACAUUAAAUCAAAACCGAAAUUUUUCUAAUUGUUUAAAGAAAUUUCUUGAUCAAUUAAAUUUAUGUCCAAAUCGAAAAGAAACAAUGAAAAUUUCAUAUAAAAUAAUCUCAACAGAUGAUUGGAAACUUGAACGAAUGCAACCAAAAUCACAAAGAAUAAUAACAUAG